CAGGACACGUGGGUGGGGGAGCGUAACGCUGAGAGCAAGGGCUAAAGCGGAGAGGUGAGUCAGUCACCUUGAGCAGCUAGAGCGGUGUUGGCCGAGCAGGGGCUGCAGGGCCGAGGGAGUGCAGACUGAAAAAAUGCAGACCACCGCGGCACUGCUCAUUUCGCCGACUCUGAUCCGCUGCUGUACCAGGGGUCUAAUCAGGCCUAUGUCUGCCUCCUUCCUGAAUAGGCCAGAGAAUUCAUCUAAACAGCCUUCCUACAACAGCUCCCCACUCCAGGUGGCCCGAAGGGAGUUCCAGACCAGUGUUGUCUCCCGGGACAUUGACACAGCAGCCAAGUUUAUUGGUGCUGGGGCAGCCACAGUUGGUGUGGCUGGCUCAGGGGCUGGCAUCGGAACGGUGUUUGGCAGCUUGAUCAUUGGCUAUGCCAGGAACCCGUCUCUCAAGCAGCAGCUCUUCUCCUACGCCAUUCUGGGCUUUGCCCUGUCUGAGGCCAUGGGGCUCUUCUGUUUGAUGGUCGCCUUCCUCAUCCUAUUCGCCAUGUGAGGUUCCAUGAGGGUCACCUACCCGUCCCUGCUGCUGGGACUCCAUGCCAUUCCUGGUGCUGGGGUGUACUAAGCUUUACCAUUAAACACAGGUUUCUCUAAA